AUGAAAUAUUUUUUUUUUCAUAUAUUAUUUUACUAUAUUUAUAUAAAAUAUUUUUAUAAAAUAGUGAACGAAUUAUCAUUAAGAAAAAAAAGAAAUUUAAUAGCAAUUAAUGCAAAGGAUAGGCACUCCUUAAAUUUAAGUAGAGGAGGAAAUUUUAUCAGACCGUUUUUAAAUAAAAAAAAUAAUAGCAAUAGUAAGAAAAAAUUUGUUAAGAAGCUACUUUUUAAAAACAUUUUACAAAAUGAAAAUAUAUUUUUAAAUAAGGAUGUGUUUUUAAAAAAAAGAGAUAAUUAUAUUAGUAAGAUAGGAAUUUUACUUAACAAGGAAUGUCAUUUUACAAAAAAAAAGAAAAAUAAAUGCUCCAGAUUACUAGCUAAAUUACCAGUUAUAACCAUAAAUAAAAAAUUAUAUCCAAAAGAACACAGUACAGAUUACGAAAAUGUGUUAAGGAAAUAUCAUGUAACUUACAUAAAUUAUAAAACUAGAUUAAGGAGUAAAAAAGAAAUUGAUAUACGUUCAAUUGAUGAUUUAUAUGGGAAAAUAUAUGAUAGAAAUGUUUUAAAAAAACAGUUUUAUUUUUUUUUAUAUCAUGAUGAUAUAAACACAUGCUAUAAUAUCUUAAAUGAAAAUAGAAAUGUACUAACAAGAGAAGAAUCAUUUAAAAUAUUAAAUUCGUUACCUUACAUUUUCUUUAAUCAUUUGAAUUAUAUAUACCCAACAGAAAAUAAUGUAGAUGAAGUAUUAAGUAAACUACUAAAAACGUACAUUUUUCAGUAUGGAAAUGACAAAAAUAUUGAUUUUUUAAAUUUUAAAUAUAAAUAUAAUGAAUUAGAUGAAUAUUGUCAACAAUUAGAAAGAGAUUUUAUGAAUGAACAAAGUCAAUUAGAAAAAAAAAGACCGAAUGAAAAUUUAAGUAAGGAAGUUUUAGAAUCAAAUAAAAGUGAUACAGUAAGUGUAUUUACUACAAAUAAUGAUAACUCUCUUGAGGAAAAGAAAGAGACUUUAAAUUAUGAAGACAUUUAUGAUGAUGAAAACAAUACUAAUUAUGAAGAAAAAUAUAAACAUAUGAACUACGAUUAUAAAAUAAUUGAAGCAACGCAAAAAUAUAAAGAAUUAAUACAUAAAUUUAAGAAUUAUCCUCCUAAUAUAAAAUUAGAAAAAGUACAAUUAUUGUAUACAAAAAUUUUAAGUAUGAAAGGGAAUAAAAUAUUUGAAGCAUUUAGAAAACAUGAAAGUAUAAAAAAAAAUAAAGAGAGAAAAAUAUAUAGAAAUGCAAGAUUAAAACUAGAUGUUAAUAAGCUAACACCAUACUUAAAUGAACCAAUCAAAUAUGAUAAAAAAAAAAAAGAAGAAGUAAAUAAAUUAUUUGAAAAAUAUGUAGAAGAGAAGGACUUAAAAAAUUCUUGUUUAAUAAUAAGAAAAUAUACUAAUUUAAUAGAUACAAAAAAAUUGAAAAGCAGAGAAAUAAUGAAAAAGUUCUUAAAACUGCAUGAGUACAUAUAUAAAUGUAAUAAAUAUAAUGAAAAAGAGUUGUCUCUUUUAAGAAUGAUCUAUUAUUCAACUGUUCAAAAACCUAGAGUUAUCCGAAAAAUAUGUGAAGUAGGUAUGUUAGAUCAAGGAGAAAAUAUUACUCAUAAAGAAGUAUAUGAGGAAGAAUUAAAUAGAUACUUAAAACAAAGAAAUGAAUUAUUUGAUGAAAGGAUGAAAAAAAAAAAUAUAAAUAUGGAUGAAAUAAGAGAUUUCAGCUCAGCAUAUCCAAUGGAAUGGCUUCCAGUUAUUCAUAAAGAUUUGUUUGAAGAAGUAGAAAAAGAAAGAAGUUUAAAAAAUACAGACAAACAUAUUGUUAAAAAAAAAAAAGAAUCUAUUAAAAAAUUAUUUACUUCUAUAACAGAACAAAAUAUAGACAAUUCUUUAAAUCCUCUUGAAAUGGAAAAAAAAGAUAAAGAUAAGCCAUAUGAUGAAUUAAAUGGAAAAAAUGAAUUAAAAAUAGGAAGAAAUAUAAUAAAUUAUAAAAAAAUUAUAAAAGGAAAAAAUAAAAAAAAAAAAGAUAAAACAAAUAAACCAGACACAAAAACAACAUAA